AAGUAUGAGCAAAACGCCUGAGAACAGCGCCUCCGCGGCGCGGCCGGUAUUUCCGGUUGCGUCGUCCUAACAUCGGCCGGACAGCGUUUCCGAUCAUUUGCCGACGUCGCGGCGACAUUUUGCCAAUUAGCAAACGCUCCCUGAACGACAUCGCACCGAUGGAAUUUUGAAAAUCGGCACGACGUCGGCCCAACUGUUUGGUCUGUGCUGGUGACGCUGUGCCGUCAGAAAGUUCACCUUUCCAAGAUAUUUCGUGUGGUGAAUUAGACAUGGAUCCACUGUUGCCCACCCUGAGCAUUGUUGACACCAGUGUGCCACAGGACAGACAACAGUGCUUUCUUAAAGCAUCGAAGGACGCCAAGACCCUGGCCUCUCGCAACAGGUGCUUCGAGUGGAACACUAGCCAGGACAAAAAAACUGCUUGUGAGGAAGCUAAAAAAAGAUGCCAGCACAUUACUUGUACGCCAUCUGAGGUCCAGUAUCUCGGCCAGCUCAUUCUAAACUUUGGCAAGUACAAUGGACAAAGUUUUAAAUGGCUGGUGGAGAACGACGUUGGCUACAUUAAAUAUGUGCUGGAUCUACACAUCAAGGAGCGUCGCCAUCAAGGAAGAAAAGAGGGCCCAGGUGAGUAUAUAAAGGAUCUUCUGUUACAGUAUGUGCAACUGUUUCCACAGGUUUCCUGCCACCUCGAGGUCAACGUCGAAAGGGCCAUCUACGGUCAGGGCCGCUUCAGAUCCUUCACGUUCCUGGAGAUGUGGCAGUGGUACAGCCUGCACAAGACCCUGCAGGCGGAUCCACAAGCUGGUAGUGCCCAAGAAAAGAAGAUGGCACAGGAGGCGUUCUGCUCUGUGCGGCAGUGGCUGACGAUGAAGGAGGAGGACAUCAGCGUCAAGACACUGAAGCGGUUCCGGCAGUACAUUCUCAACAAAGAGAAACCCCUAGAAGACAGGCCUCUUCCUGCAGCGGCGGCCAGCUCCAGCUCGUCGGGAUCUAGAGGUGAUGGUGGAUGGGAGGAUGAUGCGCUACUGGUGGAAGCCCUCAGUGCUUUCGAAGCACAAGCAGUUGAGGACAAAGGCAGUCUGCCGAAGAAACCACUCAGCUUCUCUGAAAGACAAGGAGCCGGGGAAGCAAAGAGAAGAAAACGUUCCUGUGAAGAUCUGUCACAGAAGCCACACUCAGACUCUCCACUGUCUGCUGCUCCUGCGUCGACUUCUUUAUUGGAGGCUCCUGCAUCAGCCUCAUUAGUUCCUGGCCAGUCUUCGUCAUCGGCUCCUGCAUCAGCCUCAUCAGUUCCUGGCCAGUCUUCUUCAUCGGCUCCUGCAUCAGCCUCGUCAUUUCCUGCCUCGGCUUCUUCAUCGGCUCCUGUAUCAGCCUCGUCAGUUCCUGCCUUGGCUUCUUCUUCGGCUCCUGCAUCAGCCUCGUCAGUUCCUGCCUCGGCUUCUUCAUCGGCUCCUGCAUCAAACUCGUCAGUUCCUGCCUCGGCUUCUUCAUCGGCUCCUGCAUCAGCUUCUGUGUCAGCUUCUGACGUUCAACCUAGAAGGUCAUCUGGUGGGUCAACACACAGUGACCCAGCACAUUCUGAGGUGUUAUUUGAGGGUUGGCACAAGAUGUGGGAGUCUGGUCUUCAUGGGCUGCCCAGUGCAGACAUACUGUGGCUUAAGGAGGAUGCUGAAAGGGGACUCUUUCAGAGGGCCAUGUCUUAUAAAGACAAACAUGGAAACAGAAAGUGGAGGAAAGUCCUGAAGGAUGACCGGAUGUGGUUUCACCCUCCAGAAUUUCCUGGAGUGGUGGAAGGAAAAGUCCCCUCAGCAGACUCCUUUUUUCACAGCUCCGUUUUUUUCUUGAGAUCAGUCGGUGUGUGGCGUUACAGUCUUCGGUGCCCAAGGUCUGACUGCCCAGCACGCACCAAUCAGAAGGCUUUUCUCUACCGUUGUGGGUAUUCAUCCACGGUAAGACAGAUCUGCCACAUGUCUGGCUGGUACUCCAUGCUGACUGAGGUCCUGGCAUGCAACGCCUGUAGAAAGGCUGCAAAGGAGUCGGAAGAGCAUACUAUUGGUCGUUUCCUGUCAUGGGAUCAGUGCAUCCUUAAUCAGCUCAGUCCAGCUCACAGAGCGGUGUUUCCUGCUGUCUUGACGCUACGGCGUGGCGUGGACAAGCAGGUGAUCCGCCUGAUGAGGGAUCGCACUGAGGGAAACACCAUGGUGAAAGUUUGGAGACAGGUGCAGGAGAGCCACUGCGAGGACUAUCUGCAGAGAAAGGACUUGUACACCACUCUUCUCAGCCAGUACAACAAACCUGGGAAGAUCACUCGGAGUUUGUGCCAGCAGUUCCAGCGACCACCAGCACGGAGAGAGCCGCCAUCUGCCAGACUGAUGAGAAAGGCGUUCCUUAUCUCAGAGGCAGAUAACAUCGAGGACUACCGUACUCAGAUUAUGUCCACAUUUGGGCAAGUCCUGAAGUACGACUCCACCAAGAAGAUCUGCAAGAAACUCUCCGGCGAUGGAAAAGGCACUGCAGAGUUGUGUACCAAUGUGGCCAACGAGCAGGGGCAGAUCCUCAUAUCUGUUCUCACCUGUGAGGAGUCAUUGGAGAAGAUGAGGCCGAUGGCUGAAGGCCUCAUGGAGAGGUACAGGAGAGCUGACGAGGCACCGCCUGAGCUCAUGUAUGUGGAUCGUGGCUGCUGUCGCGUCCACGCUGUGUCCUCGGUUGAGCAGCUCUUCAGUGACUGGACGGACAGGGGCAUGCUGGUACGGCUGGACAUCUUUCAUUGGAUCCAUCGAUUCGAUGCAGCCCUACGGACAGAUCAUCAUCCAAAGUAUGCCCUGUUCAAGUCUGCCCUCUCUGCUGCCGUCUUUGCCUACAACAAAGACGACAUGGCUCUUCUGGUACAGGCGAUACGUGCCGGUCACUAGAGAUGCGCGGAUGGGCUAUUAUUUCAUCCGCAACCGCAUCACAAAACUCAUCAUC